GCAGGGCCCGGCUGCGCUGCGGGGCCGCGGGGUCGCCACUCCUGGCUGCUUUGGGAACGGCCACCUCCUGCUCCCCGGCGUUGGCCUGCUGAAACGUGGAAAUACGUGAUCCAAAUCUGAGCGAACUGACUGCAGAUGUUUUUGUUGACUUUAUAGACUUUGAUUAUAUCUUUGAUACAAGAGAAUCCGCCCUGCAGGACGGGAGUGUAAUUCCAUCAAGGACUUCUGGUGACCUCAUAAACCAUGAGAGCUGGCAUUGACUUUAAUGGGCACCACGUGGUUAAGUUCCCAUGCAUCAUUUUGAAAAUCUGCAAGACCCUGAACUCCAGCUGUAUGAAGAGAGGGGCAGGCAAAGACAGUGGUGUCAAAAACACUCACAAUGGUGAAGGCUGCAAGAUUCUGACUUGUGGUAUCAGGCAAACAGCUCCUGCUCUGCCUGCAGUUUGGCAACUACAGAUCAAGAGAAGAAGAAUAUAAACUUCCUAGAACAAAACAUGCUGAGGAUGGCUUUCAGCUGCCACGUUCUUAGCUUAAGCCAAGUGCCUUGGAAGUGCAGCGGGAUACCCCAAUGAGGAGGGCAUGUUUGCCAGCCAGCAUCAUAGGGGGCACCACCACCAUCACCAUCACCACCACCAUCACCACCAGCAACAGCAGCACCAGGCUUUGCAGACGAACUGGCACAUUCCUCAGAUGUCGUCUCCUCCCGCCGCGGCCAGGCACAGCCUCUGCCUUCAGCCCGAUUCAGGAGGACCCCCGGAGCUGGGCAGCAGCCCCCCCGUCCUGUGUUCGAACUCUUCCAGCCUGGGCACCAAUACCCCCACGGGGGCAGCGUGUGCGCCAGGGGACUAUGGCAGGCAAGCUCUGUCCCCGGUGGAAACAGAGAAGAGGUCCGGCAAAAGGAAAAGCGACAGCUCAGAUUCCCAAGAAGGAAACUACAAGACAGAGGUCAACAGUAAACCCAGGAAGGAAAGGACAGCUUUCACCAAGGAGCAAAUCAGAGAGCUAGAAGCAGAAUUUGCUCAUCAUAACUAUUUGACCAGGCUGAGACGAUAUGAGAUAGCAGUAAACCUUGACCUCACUGAAAGACAGGUAAAAGUUUGGUUCCAGAACAGACGGAUGAAGUGGAAGCGGGUAAAAGGGGGCCAGCAAGGGGCAGCGGCCCGGGAGAAGGAACUGGUGAAUGUGAAAAAGGGCACACUGCUCCCCUCCGAGCUCUCUGGCAUCGGCGCAGCUGGUCUCCAGCACACAGGGGACUCACUAGCGAACGACGACAGCCACGACAGCGACCACAGCUCUGAGCACGCACACUUAUGAUACACAGAGAGUGCCCCAGCUCCGUUCUCAGGAAAGAUGCUUUGCUGGCAAGCCUUACACAGGCAUCGUUUACUUAUGCAAGUGACUCUGGCAAUGAUUUUUAAAGUUGUUAUGGAAAAUUCAGGCUUAUUGUGUCUGCUUUUCUCGAUUUUUAGAUGGUUUACAGUAAGUGCCAUGUCUUAAAGGUGCCUCAAGAGUGGAGAAGUGGAAGACAAACUUACUUUGAACAUUCCAGAUUUGUUUGUCGUGUUUAUGACAGCGGGCAGGUAUUUUUGCUUUAGCUUGCACUGAAAAUUACAUUGCUCUCGACAGAUGUUAUAUUCUGAAAACCACAGUGCCACAAAAUCACUAUCUAGUGGAUAAGAAAUGUAUUUUAACUCUGUAUAUAUUUACCUUACAGCAUUUUCCUGUCUUCACUAAUUUUUAGCAAUGCAUUCAUAUUAGCUGAUGGCAAUAGUCACUCAUGACAAUAAAUGGCUUUUUGUCUCUUUAUCUUUGUUUUGUUUUUCCAAAGACAUACAAUACAUGCAGAUACUUUUGUUCAAGUAAAGAACAAUCCAAUAGUGUCUGCUAGGACACAUCCUUGUAUGACAGACAAAACAAACCUUAUGUUGCAUUUACUAUCAACUGCUGCUAAUAGGGUAUUAUUAAACUUACCUAGCUCUUCAAUUCUUCCUAUCUUAUAACUGCAAAAAGUGAUUUUUAGGAUCAUAAGGAUAGUCCAGUAACCUGCCAAAAAUGUCAUGUUCCACUCAUGCUCAGUGGAAACUUUCCAAAGGAUUAUUAAUUUCUACUUUUUCAUGAUUGAGUACGUUGAUAAAUACUGACAUUUUGUAGAAAUUUUGUUACUUCAUAUUCAGUUUAAAAAACAGCAGAUAAACUGAAAGUUAUUAUCAACUGCUUAUGUUGGUAGAAAUCAAAAUAUGAAGGUAACUAUAUUGUGUCCCAUGUGUAAAAUCAAGACAUAUUUUCUGUUAAAAGCUUUUGUGUACAUACAGGCAAAUACCAAACCCCAAAAUUUAAUGCAAAACAUUGAUUGUACUUUGUAAAGAAAUAUGUUUAAUAAAUAAUCAUUUU